UUUUGGAGGUGUGUAAGCUCGAGUUUUUCCUUUCAGUUCACUCCCCUGGUGAUCUCUGACCAUCAUUUUACGUCAUUCCUCGAUCUUAGGUCAAUCAGUCCUCAAAGGAGCUUUUGAUCGGCAUCCUACUAAGAGCAGUUACGUCUUUUCAUUAUCGUAUGCCGCUAAAUCAAUGGCAUCUGUCCGCUUUCAACUCAACCCUUUGCAAGCGUGCUACUGGCUCGAUGGAUAAAGUCAAGGAUCGGAAAGACGCUCGAGUCCGAGGAUCUGAGAGACCUCCUUUGCUUCAAUGGAAUGCUUUCUUGCUUGCCGGGAAUGGCUGACCGAAGUUGCCUUGUUGCUUAGCAGGGCUUGGGUUUGGUAAUGCGCGCUGGUCAUGUCAUGAGGAGGGUAGUUCAGGCAAGGAUUAAGAAAGACUAAACUAAAGCAUAUGAAGGAGAAGGCGUCGCCCUAUAACAAGAUAAUCAAGCCCUGACCCAAGUUGUCUAUUUUCGUAGGUGAAUCAAGUACAACAAGUAAGGUAAGAGCUUUUGGGUAGAAGAUUUUGCUCUGCUACGCAGAUCCACUAGACUAGGAAAGAAGUACGCAUUGCUUACUUACUGUUUGAACGAUCCUAGUAACUAGUAGCUAAUCAAGUUGCUAGUAGGGCGAGACGGGGGGUGGUUCUUUCUCGCCACCGAAGAAACUCUUCAAUUGAGCUUUAGUUCGUACUGGACUUCCAUAGAUUGAGCUGCGGGCAUCAAGGAGAAACUAUGCUACUGCAGAAGCGUAAUCGAAGGAAAGCUACUUGAUUGACUAGACAAAGACUAUAAAAACCUUCCUUUACUCGAGCUGAAUCUUUCUUAAGUUAAGUCAGAAAGGUUGAAACCUUCUAUUGAAGCAGGAAGCCUAAAUAUUAAGACUGAACGAAGUGAAUGUUCAAGCAUCUAAUGCCUGCCCGGGUCUUUCUAUCUCUUCUCUUUGAGGAUUGAACUUUCGAUUCGAUAAAUUCCAACAAACAAGAAAUAGAAACAUAGUUCCAAUAAAGGGAACCCAAGGACCAUAUUCUUCCCCAAUUUGGGUUUGACUCACAUCUCGAAUGAAUUCAAGGACAUAUGAUAAUGAAUUCUGACUACCAGUCGGAAUGAUUUGUGGGGUCCGAACAGCUAUAGUGGCUGAACCUAAUAAGAUAGCAAUUACAACCCAAGAAGUAAUAAGUACUUGGCCGUGGACUUGGAAACUUCCUAUUUUCCAAUAUAAAUGUUGGCCCACUUCCACACCAGAUAUAUCAUAUUUUCCUUUUAGUGUAUUGAUAGAACAUUCAUA